GCUGUUCAGGCCAUCCUGAGCUCUUUGUGGCCGGCUGCGCGUCGGCCCUUGGCGCCCUUCCUGGUGCUGGGCGUUGACAUUCUGGACGCCUUGGACUUGGCCUCCUGCGAGGAGGCUUCGCCGCCCGCGACCUGGGAGCCAGAGCCCGGUGCGGCUCAAGAAAUUGACGGCAACAGAGAGCUCAGAGAGCUUCCGGGCCCCAUCCCGCCAAGUGCUGCACAGGAGCCUGUGGAAGGUGUUUUCCGGCGGGACGGUGAGAUUGGGCAGACACUGGCGGAGACCAUCCCAUUCUUUUUGCUGUUAAACUUUGCGGGUGCAAUGGAUCAGGCCCUUGGCGCGACCGGCGCCCCUCCGGGCUUUGUUUUGGCACAGGAGCAUCGCUCCUUGGCAAAGCUUGCGACGGCCCGAGGUGUGCCUUCUGACACCUCUGAGCCCAGGAUGUUUCACAGCGCUGCCGCUGUCAUCGCGGGCGCUGCAAUCGACUUGCUGGAUCGGCAAUAUCGGGACAGAUUUGGAGGGACUUGGAGGGUUCACUGUGCUCUGAACUCCAACAGAUUUGCAGCAAGAGUUUGCGACCCCCGAAGGAUCGUGAAUGGCGUCCUGAGCCGUGAAGGGCCAUGGGUCAAUGUGCCCUCUGCCCUGUCGAAUGCAAUCUUUGCAAAGGAGAGAAAACAUGACGUGCCUCUUUGGCCGAUGAUGCAUGCUGCUUUCUUUGAGGACGUUGAGAUGCCAGCCGUGCUAUUGGAGGAUAGGUCGAGACGGGCUAUCGGACGGGUGUGA